AUGCCGAGCUCCUCCCAGAGCCCUCAGAAUGGCACCUGGACAGAGCCCGUCUCCCUGCUUUUAGGUCUUGGCGUCACCCUCUACUUGGGCUACUACUGGAGAUAUGUGCCCCGGAGGCCUCAACUGGUGACUGGGUCCUGGUUUCUGGCCUUCCUGGAGCAACACUGUCCAGUCACUCUGGAGACUUUCUACCCUACGCUAUGAUGUUUUGAGGGACGGCUACAAACCAUCUUCUGAGUCUUACUGUAGUCUCAGCCUCCAGUCCCUUACUGGAGUGAAGUCCUCCACACCCCAGAUGGAGGGUUUCUGCUAGACUGGGCUGGCCGGCAUGGCAGCAGUCAGUACCCUGACCCUACUACCCAGCCCAUUGUAUUACUGCUUCCUGGUAUCACAGGCAGUAGCCAGGACUUCUGUAUCUUCCAACUGGCCAACCAAGCUCUGAGGGAUGGCGCCCGAGCUGUUGUAUUUAAUAACCGGGGCUGCCGUGGGGAAGAACUGCUCACCCACAGGGCCUUUUCUGCCAACAAUACUGAAGAUCUGGAGACAGUCGUGAACCACACAAAGCACCGCUACUCCCAAGCUCCACUGCUGGCCGUGGGCAUCUCUCUUGGAGGGGUACUAGUGCUGAACCACCCAGCACGAAGAGGGCAGGCUUCGGGGCUGGUGGCGGCACUGACUCUAUCUGCGUGCUGGGAUUCCUCUGAGACCACCCGCUCCCUGGGGACCCCACUCCACUCACUGCUCUUCAGUCAGCACCUCACUGCUGAGCUCUGCCACAUUGUGAACCGAAAUAGAAAGGUGAUGGAAAAGGGUGGGAACGUAGACUUCGUGCUACAGGCCCGCACAAUCCGGCAGUUUGAUGAGUGCUACGCAACUGUGGCCUUUGGAUAUCAAGAUUGUGUUACCUACUACCAAACAGCAAGCCCAAGAACCAAGGUAGAUGCCAUCCAGACCCCUGUGCUCUGCCUCAAUGCAGCUGACGACCCCUUUUCCCCAAUCCAAGCCCUUCCCCUACAGGCUGCUCAAUGCUCUGCCCACGUGGCACUGCUCAUCACAGCCCGGGGUGGCCACAUCGGCUUCCCGGAAAGGCUGUUCCCCUGGCAGCACUGCUACAUGACCCGCCUCUUGCAUCAGUACGCCAAAGCCGUCUUCCAGCCCUCGGCGGAGCUGCUCAACCUCAGCGGUCUCUCCCCUUCCAAAAGAGGCAAGAGCUGA